CUUAUCGACAAUUCAAUAAGAACAACAACUACUACUACUAUAGCCUUGGAACUCUCUUGCCUUUCCCUUGUCGAUUCCGUAUCUCCUUUUUUUUCUGAUAGCGGGUUUGUGAGCUUCAAGUAUUCUCAUUGCUCGCAUAGCGUCACGACUGUACAGUUCUACUACCAUACGCCCACCCACCAUGUCGACCCUCUCCUCCCCCCGGCCAUCAAUUGCAUCCUCGCGGGCACACUCUCCCACCCCGACCUCCUCCCACCGUCCCUCCCUAGAUACACUGAACACCAACCUCGGCAACGGGGGCCUCAGCGCCUCAUCAACCCCAUCCACAGCCCGAGCCGUCUCGCCCUCACUCCACCUGCGCCGCAACCGCGCCGCCCUCCGCGACUAUUACAAUCUCCGGCCCUCCGAUGCCGCCGGCGCCGCCGGCGCGGGGCGCCGUUCACGCAGUAUUCCACGUCAGAGCGAAGGCGGCGAUGCGCCUGCGGCGCACAACCCCUCCGUCGUGGCGACGGGCACGGAGCUCGACAGCCCGGACUUCGACCCCCAGCGCUACGUCAACCAACUCCUGGCGACCUCGUCGCUGUCCACCGUCCUCAAAGCCGAGAACACUCUCGUGGGCGACAUCCGCACUCUUGAUAGUGAGCGGAAGGCCCUCGUGUACGAUAACUACUCCAAGUUGAUCCGGGCGGUGGAGACCAUCGGCAAGAUGCGGCGCAGCAUGGAUGAGCGCGGGGCGCCGUUGACCAUGACCAAGACUCUGGGGCCGGCGAUUGCGUUCGUGGCGGAGACGGCCGGCGGGUUGAUUCAGGAGGGCGAGGAGCAGCAGCGUCGGAUCCGGGAGGCCAAGGCGGAGGAUGGCACUGAGCGGAGGAAGGUUGAGAGGAUGACGGUGCAGUGGGUGUUGGGGGCGCCGGAGAGGUUGGAGAAGCUGGUUGCUGAGGGGAAGACGGCGGAGGCGGAGAAGGAUUGGGAGGAAGUGCGGGCGUUGUUGGCCAAGUGGGAGGGUGUCAAAGGUGUGGCUCAGGUGAGGGAGGCUUGCGAAAAGGUGAUGGAGAGGGAAGAGUCGUCUUGAGAUGGACGUCAGUACGAGAUGCGCUAGAAGCUUGAUUGCCCGCCCCUGUGGCUCAACUUUGAGGAGCCAAAGGCGCGGGCAGCGUGUCGGCCCUCAGGCUUGCGAGGAGACGAAUGACAAGCUGGCCUACAUUGUUCGGAACUGAGCCGGAUUGUUUAUCGGCUUCGUGA